UUGCACCUUUCACAGACCCGGUUGAAAAAAAUUAGUGCAGAGGGACAGAACCUGACUAGUUGUCGUGUCAUCGUGUCGUUAUUGUCACCUGUUCGAUCAUCGAAUGACAGAUCCGUAGUUUCAUGUUUUAUUUUGCCCUAUCUGUUCUCAUGAAUUAUGGCCAAUUCCAUGCUUUUGUCAUUAGCAGAAGAGCUUGAUGACCUCAAUGUGGAGUUUGUUUCUUUGCAGGAGAAAAACAAAGAGUACAAGAAGACACUGGAGGCAUUGCGGACUAUCGAAAAGUCAUGCAUGUCGAUGGUGGCUCAUCAGAAGAAGAAAUAUGCACAAAUCAGCCAGUCUCUUAAGAAGAACGGUAAAGACCUCGGAUUGGAGGACAAGCCAAGAUGGGAGGAGUUACAGAGACAUGUCGCAGAGAAACAGAAAGUGUGCGUGGAGAUUCACGAGUCGCUGCCAAGGCCAUCAGAAGGAUUUCUCAAGCUGUCCCUGGGCCAAGUUAGUGUGUCUCUGCUGAGUAAAACAGAGAAGUUUGACUACAAGGAGGAGUACGAGAGAUUCAAACUCUACAUGACCAUCAUCAUGUUGAUAUGCUCAUUUUCUACAUCGUUCUUCAUCAAUUUCAGAGUUUGCGAUGCCCUGUUUCACUUCUUGCUAGUGUGGUACUACUGCACGCUGGUCAUACGGGAGAGCAUUCUGCGACACAAUGGAUCCAGAAUAAAAGGCUGGUGGGUGUUGCAUCAUUAUUUGUCGGUAGUUGUGUGCGGUAUUCUGCUGAUCUGGCCUGCUGGGGUGUCCUAUGACAUGUUCCGGAAUUUAUUCAUGUUGUUCUCACUGUACUUAAAUUUUGUACAGCUGCUACAAUAUUACUAUCAGAGUGGCUGCUUGUAUCGUCUCAGGGCUUUGGGUGAGAAAAGUGACAUGUACAUCACUGUAGAGGGUUUUCAGGAGUGGAUGUGGAGAGGCCUUACAUUCCUUCUUCCAUUUCUCUUUGUUGGAUAUCUCUUCCAGUUGUACAAUGCCUACUUUCUCUUCAAACUUUCUUUCCACCCUGAGUGUAAUGAAUGGAUGGUUCCAGCUUCGGCAAUGAUCUUCUUCAUCCUCUUUCUGGGCAACUUUACCACCACUUCCAAGGUGGUGCUCUCCAAGUUUCAAGCCAUGCAGAAAAAGAAGCACAAGAAAUCACUCUAAGGGCUGAGCCGACGCUGUCGCAAUGUUGGGAUGUAGUCAUCAACAAGACAUUGAAAGCUAUAUGACCUCCAGUCACAAGCUGCUCCAAACUGAACUGACUGUUCAACUCUCGUUGCUUUGGUAGUUACAAUCGGAUGUGAUUCAGCUAAUGAACCUGCUUGCAAAUGACUAGACUGCAAUGCUUCAUGUGAAGUCCACCCUUGUAAUAUUCAAUUCACUGAGGUCCUUACUGUUACCCCCCUAGUCAACACUUCAAACAUUUCAAAGGAAGCCCUUGGCCUGUUUGAAAAUAAGGGCUGUAUAAGCUAGCCACCUGUUGUGUGUUAUGCUAGUGAAAGUGCUUGAUUACUGAAAAUCAAUGAAAUGCUAAGAAUUUCAUUUGGCAAAACACUGAAUAGGUAUUGACGUAAAUGAAAAUUAGAAUAAGGAGCUGGACUGAAAAUAAAAUGAGUGGAAAUUAACAUGACUAAGUAGUGUGAAAAAAAAAUAUAAAAGCACAACACACUUAUGAAUUUUUAAAGUGGACUAUGGGAUUGUGAACUUUUUCUGGUGUAUUCUAAUGAUUUGGUACAAGGGCAACUUUGUGGUUUUCAUCAGACCUGGUGGAAACGCAAUUGUUUUUGUGAAGUGUUUUUUCUUUUUCUUGUUCUCCCAAAUCCCAUGGGCUUUGUACAUGGGCUUUGUGACAUGACUUUUUUGGUUGCCUUUGCAUCUAAGUUCUUGUUUAAAAUUGUUUUCAUUGUAGAAAUGCACUCAGUGCCCUGCUGCCACCUGUCAAAAAAGAGAAAUGCUUUCAUGCAAUGUACAAUA